AUGGCUUCUAAGCUCAAGCAAUGUGGAAUGCUGGUUACUGCAAUGCUUAUAGUGGGAGUAAUAGUUCGUUGUGAGGGCAGAAGUCUAAAGACGACAGUAUAUGAAACGGAUAACUUUGGUGGUGGUGGAGGGUUUGGCGGCGGUGGUGGAGCCGGAGGAGGCUUCGGUGGCGGAGCUGGAGGAGGAUUCGGUGGUGGUGCUGGAGGAGGAUUUGGUGGAGGAGCUGGUGGUGGCGCUGGAGGAGGCUUUGGAGGAGGUACUGGAGGAGGCGCUGGUGGUGGCUUUGGGGGAGGCGCAGGAGGAGGAGGUGGUUUUGGCGGAGGGGCUGGUGGAGGUGGCGGCUUCGGCGGUGGAGCUGGUGGAGGCGGGGGAUUUUAA